CUGGCACUUUCUACAUUAAUUCAAUUUUCAUAAGUUACAAAGAGCUCCCAUGGACCGUGUUGGCUGGGUGAAGCUCUUAGAUAGAGAAAUGAAGAAUGCCUCCAAUGAAGAUGAUGCUAUAGCUCGUGGUUCAAGAGUGUUUGAUGCUUCCGAGUCAUCCAUACAUGCAAUUGCAAACACUGGGAUUAACCAGCUGAUGGAACAAGGAGAAAAACUCUUACAGGAAUAUAUAAUUCUCAAGCAAACAAUGGCUAUCCAACAACAAGAAUGUCAGAAAGAGCGUGAAGAACGAAAAUUGGAGCAUGAAACACUACUACAGGAAUAUAUGAUUCUCAAGCAACUGGUGACUCAGUACCAACUUGGGCUGAGAACAUUAAAGAAGAAGAAUGUUAUACUGGAAAGAAAAUAUCUACACAUGAAGAACUUUGCAAUGCAUCUAUACCAGAAUCAGAAAAGCAACUCCAUCCCAAGCCGCUUCUCUCAGUCCCUGCACCCUGAUAUCUUCCAUUAAUUCUUGGAUAUGUUAACUUGGUCUAAUGGGUGGUUAGUAUG